UGCACGCUGUCCACCAUGCUCUGGAUCGGGGUGACCGCCAGGAACAUCUACAAGCAGGUGACCAGGAAGGCCCCGCCCUGCACCGGUGCAGACAGGCCACUCUACCCCAAGCAGCCACUGCUCAGGUUUUAUCUCAUCAGUGGAGGGGUGCCUUUCAUCAUCUGCGGGGUCACAGCCUCCACAAACAUCAGGAACUAUGGGACCAAAGAUGGGGAUGCUGCAUACUGCUGGAUGGCCUGGGAGCCCAGCCUGGGUGCCUUCUACGGGCCAGCUGCCUUCAUCGCCCUGGUCACCUGCGCAUACUUCCUCUGCACCUACGUCCAGCUGCGCCGCCACCCCGAGUGCAGGUACGAACUGCGGGAGCGGACCGAGGAGCAGCAGCGGCUGGCAGCUCCGCAAGUGGGCCACGGCCACAGAGCAGGGCCCGGCACAGGGCCCAGCUGCGACGGCCCCGCAGCAUCGCUGCUGCAGAAUGAGCACUCCUUCAAAGCGCAGCUGCGCGCUGCCGCCUUCACGCUGUUCCUCUUCACCGCCACCUGGGCCUUCGGGGCGCUGGCCGUGUCGCAGGGCCACUUCCUGGACAUGGUCUUCAGCUGCCUGUACGGGGCCUUCUGCGUGACGUUGGGGCUCUUCGUGCUCAUCCACCACUGCGCCAAGCGCGAGGAUGUGUGGCACUGCUGGUGGUCCUGCCGCCCCGCCCGCAGGCGCGCCGGGGCCAUGCAGCCCGGCGCCAACGGGGACUGCCUGCAGAACUCACCACACCCGGGUCACGUGGACUGUGGCCACCCGUCCUCUGGCCGCUGCAAGAUGACCAACCUGCAGGCCGCCCAGGGCCACGCCCACUGUCUGUCGCAGGUCACGCCCUGUUGCGCCAAGAUGCACUGCGAGCAGCUGAUGCAGGAGGAGGCCCUGGGAGGCAGCGCCGAGGAUGCCUUUGCCUGUAGCGGUGAAGACGCCUUCAGGCGCGGCCCACACCCGCACCGGUGCCUCCAGGGCAGGACUAAGCCGCCCUUCUUCGGCCGGCCACCAGCAGCCGAGCACGAGUAUGCCUACCACAUCCCGUCCAGCCUGGACGGCAGCCCCCACAGCUCGCGCACGGACAGUCCCCCCAGCUCGCUGGAGGGCCCAGCCGGCGCGCACACUUUGGCCUGCUGCCCCCAAGGGGACCCCUUCCCUGUGGCCAGCCAGCCCGAGGGCAAUGGCAACUGCGCCGCGCUCCACGGCUGCGCCCCGCGGCCCGGCCCAGCCCUUGGCUCGGCCCAUUUUGAGAUGCUCCGCAGGACACAGUCCCUGCCCUUCGGUGGCCCCGGGCAGAACGGAGCGCUCAAGGGUGCAGUGCUCGAGGGCCUGCCCUACGGCGCUGACAGCACGGGCAACAUUCGCACGGGGCCCUGGAGGAAUGAGACCACCGUGUAG